AUGUUUGAGAUAUCAAAACCUGUGCUGGAAAAAGACAAGAAUGUUAUUUCUGAGAACUUGAAAAGACUCGAAGAGCUCAGAAGACGAAAGAAAGAGAGCCAGGUGCAAAACAGCAUUGAAGCCAGUAUAGAAUGGAAAACAAAGAAAUUAGCAGCUAAGAAACAACCUAAAGAUCUAGAAGAAGAUGAUGAAAACGAAGCUUUACACGAAGGACCACAAAAGGACAAACUUGACUAUACCCUACUAGAGUGGGAAGAAUGGGACAAGAAAAUGCUGAAUCUGAAAUUCGGCAGAAAGGGUUAUCUGAAUAUGAAUGAACUUGCAAAAUGGUCGUACGAAAAGGAAAUGGAGGCUCUAGAAGUAGAUAAAGUAGAGUACAACAAGCAAAAACAGAAACUAGAAUUGCAAAAUCUGGCAAAUGCUGUUGAAAGAGAUAUAGCGAUGCUCAAAGUCAAGCCUUCGCAGGAAGCAGUAGCUCUGUUAGUUCAGAAUUUGCAAGAGUCCAACGAAAGAAAGCAAAAGAGAAGAAGAAACAAACAGGACGAAGAGGCAGUAUCGUCUUAUAUUAAUGAGAAGAACAGAGACUUCAACAUGAAGUUGAACAGAGAGUAUCUGUAA